GAGAUCCCGCCCAGCGAUGGGGAUGGUACGGUCGAUCGGAAAUAAAACGUCUCCAAACGGACACGUCGCGUUCAUUAACGCUGGGAUGGAGGAGGAGGAGGAGUUGGGCUGUGGGUUCCCCCUGUGGGUUCGGUGCUGUCCGGGCCGUGGGGGAUCCCCGUAUUACGGGAAAGGGGGAAGGAAGGGCAGCAGCUCUGACUCAUCGCUGCCCGUCCAUAAAGCGGCGCCGUCCGAUGGCUCCAUGCCCAGCUCUAACAUGCCACCCAAACGCCUGGUGCUGCCCCUGUUCUGCUGCGCCUUUGCCUCCUGCAGCGCAGGCAGCAACGUGAGCGUGUCCUGCGAGGCUGAGAGCGCCCACCCGGAGCUGACGCUGCUCUACUGGUUGGGAAACGGCUCCUUCGUGGAGCAGCUGCAGCCCGACGUGCUGGAAGGGGCGUUGCGAGAGGAAACGCGGGGUUCGCUGCUGACCCUCCGCCGGGAUUUGAGUUUCACCUCAUUCAGCUUCCAGGACCUGAACACCAACUUCACGUGCGUGCUGCUCAGCCCCGAUGGGUUCGAUAUCGAGGAGCUGAAAUGGGCCCCCUCGGAUCCGCCGACCCCCCCAGCAAUGAGGGUGGGGGAAUGGGCUGAGACCGAGUGUCAGCACAACAGCGUGGGGUGAGGGCUGCCCCAUAGGAUGCUGCUUGUGGGGCAGAGGGGCUGCAUGAAGACGACUGUGUGUGCCGGGCUGGGAGAUGCAGUCAAUAAAAGCAAUGAAAGCAACGCUUUUA